CCCACUGCGCAUGCGUGAGAAGCGCUGCGCGCAUUUGUGAAUGGCCCCCGUAGUCGUUGUGGGAUCACGUGACAGGUCCGCAGUCUCUGGUCAGCUAUCCUCUUACUACGUCCCGCAGUCUCUGGUCAUCUCCUGUACUGUGUCCGCAGCAGUCGCUGGUCAUCUCCUCUACUACGUCCGCAGUCUCUGGUCAUCUCCUCUACCCACGUCCGCAGUCUACUGGUCAUCUCCUCUACUAUACGUCCGCAGUCUCUGGUCAUCUCCUCUACUACGUCCGGCAGUCUCUGGUCAAUUCUCCUCUACUACGUCAGCCGCAGUCUCUUGGUCAUCUCCUCUACUACGUCCGCAGGUCUCUGGUCAUAUCCUCUACUACGUCCGCAGUCUCUGGUCAAUCCUCUCUAGCUACGUCCGCAGUCUCUGGUCAUCUCCUGUACUGUGUCCUUGCAGUCUCUGGUCAUCUCUCUAUCUACGUCCGCAGUCUCUU